UCAAUACCUGUCAGCGAUGACUUUGGACAAAUCUAUAGCUGACGGAGUGGAGAGCGUGCUGGAAUGUGUGUCUCGGGCAACAUUCCUGGCACAGCCAGAUGACAUUCCAAACUUUCUUACAUCACACGUUAAGAGAUUGGUAGAGUUGGACGACCAGUCUGGGGAUGUAAAGAAGGCUGCUUUGAAAUACCAGGAGCAAUGGGAGAAACGUUUUUUGAAGGUUAAGCGCAGGAGACAGCUGCAACAAUCAAUCAGAGAAAGCUCGCUUGCCUCCACAAGCACUGCGUUAUGUCCCUCCCCCUUAUCCUUUAAUGUGGUGCCGUCCAAUGAUGGGUCUCUAACAGUUUCUUCAGUGUGCGUUCUGGAUCCCUGUCAGAAUCUGAAACUCACACUGGAAGACGAAUCGCUGCCUCGACCAUGCAGAAGGUUUCAGGACUCGACGUGGGUCCCCAAUAAUGCUGGGAAAAAAGUGAAAUUUGAGUCCAUAAGACCCCUUCUUCCUCCUAUACCAAGAAAAUGUUUGUCCCCACUACAACUCCAGGGUACAAAUAUAAACUUUGUUGCCCGUCAAACAAAGGACUUAUCAUACAGGUUAGUUCUUCCUGCGUUGCCAAUGAAGGCAGGGUCAUCUGAGCAAAAGAAUCAAGACUCAGCUUUAUCUGACAUUGAGACAAAACUGUCCACAAUGUGGGAUAGUUUAGGUCUGACAACAACUUCCCAGAGAGCCCUGCUAGAGAUGGGAAGGAAACCAGAGGAUCCAUCUCUAGCAGCUGCUGAACAGCCUCCAUCAAGUGGAAACCUUGACUCCUCAGCUUGGCAGGAGGCAAGGACAGAAACACAACAGUCGGCUUGCCAUAACUCAACCAAGGAGCACCCAACUGAAGACAUACUUGCUCUUCCAUCUGACAACAUUUUGGCCUUUGUCGCAGAUGAAGCUACAACAGGGCCACAUCUACUGAACGAUGAGUCAACUACAGUUGAGUACCUGCAGGAGCAGAUGAAUUCUCAGACCACUCUGAAGGAAUCCUCCUUGAAUAUGCAGUUGGACAAACAAGAAAUAACCAGAGGCCACUAUAAAACUAAGCUCAAAUCGACAGCACCAUCUUCAAAGACAACUCUGCCGUCCUCCUCCCAGAAAGCAGCGCCAACAACAACAACAACUCCAAAACAAGUCAAGCCGCGUGCACAUCACUGCUACUUGAGGGACUGUGGUAUUCAUUCCAAAAAUCCAAGAUUAAACCUGACACUUGGAAUAGUCAACACUUGCAGAGGCCAGAAAUUGAACAGAUUGGUACCGCUGAUGGAAGAGGGACACUUUAGACUUCAGGUACCAUAUCGGCCAAAGAACGGCUAUCACUAUGACCCAGAAUUUGAUCGGCGGAAUGUUCGAGUCUACAACAGACCUAUUUACAGAUGAGGAACUCAAACCUGUGCAGUUCAAGGAUAUAUAUUUUCAUUUUUAAAUUGCAAUUAUGCACAGCUGCAGUCAUCUCCUUCUACCAACACAUUUCUGGAUGGAUUCCCACAUUAUCCCCUCCCAUGCCAACUUCUGCUGCUGACAUGUUUUCUAUCCUAGUACUUGCUCAAUAUAGUUCUUGGCCUGUACAAGGCUGUCCUUCCUGUGCCUGCAGACAAUCCACUCAAACUUACAAACCAAUACGUUGAUGUGUCAAAACAAACAGGCCACCCAUCUGAGGAAGCCCAGAUGUAUCUAUUGCAUUUCUGAAAUUGAGAGUUGAACACCACUUACUGAGCUAUGUUCUCAUCACUGGUGGAGAAAAGCAAUCUCCAAACACAAAAAAAAACGUCAGCCCCUUUAUCAAGCCAUCCCAAUAGACCUCAGAAAACAACAGAAUUUCAGGAGGGGACCUGCUCUCUGCUGUGUCUGCAAGUGCCUUUGGUUUCCAAACUCUUAACUCUCUUUAUAUGAAAUGGUCAACAGUCAAAUCUCAGUUACAGAACAUUGUGCUGUGUUUUUAUUGUACUCAUUGUAGAAUAACAUUUUAACAAAAAGGAGCACUGCAGACAUUUUGUUUGACUAUGGGCUCUUUGCACUGGAUGGAUUGUGGGUAGGACACCUAUCCAUGUAAGUCCCGCAGUAGGAAGAUUAAGUCCGGCUUCCGAUCCAUGAAUUUACUUGUUAGAUUCCACCAGCAUAUGAGAAGUGGUCACACUUAGUCACAACAUAUUGUGUAUUGUGUAGCAAUCUUUUUUUUUUAAAGGAAACCUUGUGUACUGUCUAAACAGAAACUGGUGCAAUAACAAAAUGUAAACACACAAACAAAAGAGGCAGAAAUCUAAUUGGAAAAAGUAAUCAAAUAUGACCCCUGGUAAUCCCAGGGGCACAUGCAGCAACACAAUGUUGUCAAAAAGUGGUUUGCAGCCAUUGUCGUGUCAUGGUAAGUGCAGUCUAUUUUGAAGUCAAAACGAUACGACAGCAGUGGUUGUUUUCCCAGAUCACUUUGAUGAGAUAACUAUCGGUCAACAACCUGUCCAGAGUUCAGAUUGAGGCUGAAAUGAGAGCGUUUAACGUAGAAUACUUGUUGACUUCUAUCAACUACUUAACUGUGGGAUUUCUUUUAUUUUACUAAAUAAAAUGUCAAGAGUCAUGUGCCUUGCAUUCUGACACACUGUAGCUAUGUCAACUAGUAAGUUAAACAGAAAAAAAAGUCAUUUGGAAAUUCUAUGAACAAUGUUCACAUUAUGUUUAGCUUUUUAUGUUGAUGGCUUGAAGGUCUGACCAAUAAAACCAAAAUGCUA